AUGCACUACAGCGACCCGUUGAUCGCGCUGGACCCAUACUACCAUAGCAACAUACAUGAGAAGAUCGUCGACGCUGAACCUCAAAUCUUAGAUGCCUCGCUCGAGCAGGAGGCCGACGAGCCCCUCAUGGAAUGGGAGGCCCGGUUCAUGCACGUCCAUCCUGUCCUCAACAAGUCAUCACUCAUGGAAUAUCGCCUGGCUAUGAGAAUUGUGUCAACUCGCAACUGCCCACGCAAGGAGCCAACCCGGUUCGACCAGAUCCGCGGCCUAAAGCCGAACGCUCUAGACGCUGGGUAUGACGCUCACAACUCAGACGCCUAUCCGAGUAACGGUACAUUCGAACUCGACGGCGACAAGGGUUAA